UGUGAUUAGUAGGCCAAACGAGAAUCUCGUCGGCGCCAUAUUGAAAUUGUAAAAUUUGAAAUCUAGGAAAGUUGGCAAUUUUAGCCAAUUACAGAGUCAACUAGUACCAUCAAGUAUGUCAGAGACACUCAAUGAAUUUAAGUUGAACAAUUCGCCAACUGAUGGCAUUUCAGCUGUGAAAUUUGGACCAAAUUCAUCCCAGUUCCUCUUGGUCUCUUCUUGGGAUUGUUAUGUGAGACUGUAUGAUGUCGUCUCUAACAGCCUUCGAAUUAAGUAUGGUCAUUCUGAGCCAGUAUUGGAUUGUUGCUUCCAGGACACAGUUCAUGCAUAUAGUGGAGGACUGGACAAUUCAUUGAAGAUGUAUGAUUUCAACACCUCAGCAGAAACACAUGUUGGUUCCCAUGAUGGAGCGGUGCGAUGUGUAGAAUAUGCUCCAGACACUAAUGUGGUUAUAACUGGUUCCUGGGACUUUACAGUGAAGUUGUGGGACCCACGGGCACCUACCUGCACUGGCUCCUACUCACAGCCAGAUAAAGUUUACACAUUGGCUGUCACUGGUGAUCGUCUCGUAGUUGGCACAGCAGGACGCAGGGUGUUAGUGUGGGACCUGAGGAACAUGGGAUACGUGCAACAACGGAGGGAGUCGAGUCUCAAGUACCAAACCAGAUGUAUCAGAACAUUUCCAAAUAAGGCUGGCUUUGUUCUCAGUUCAAUAGAAGGGAGAGUGGCAGUGGAAUACCUAGACCCAAGUCCAGAAGUUCAGAAGAAAAAAUAUGCUUUCAAAUGUCACCGCGUGAAAGAAGAUGGUGUGGAGAAAAUCUUCCCUGUUAAUGCCAUAGCGUUCCAUAAUACACAUAAUACAUUCGCAACGGGAGGUUCUGAUGGCUUUGUAAAUAUCUGGGAUGGAUUUCAUAAGAAACGUUUAUGCCAAUUUCAUAGGUACCCGACAAGCAUAGCUUCACUUGCAUUCAGUCAGGAUGGGUCUACAUUGGCUAUAGCAUCAUCAUACAUGUAUGAGCAAGAUGAGAUUGACAAUCCACCUGAUGACAAUGUCUAUAUAAGACAUGUCAGUGAUCAGGAAACUAAACCAAAAUAAAAGGAAUCUUCAAUAACUGAGUUGUUCAUAUCGUGUUUUAAUGGAUGCAUUGUUCUUCAAAAUAUUCUGGAGAUUUUUAAAAUGGAAGUCUGCCGUAAAACAUGAGAGUCUUGCAAGUGACGUCACCAAAGUGAAACUUCUCAAGUGACGUCACCACGGUGAAACUUCUCAAGU